AUGAGUUAUGAAACUUAUACACGUUACAGUACAAUUGAUUAUAGUAAAACAUUAACGAUAUAUGAUAUGAAUAGAACUUUCGUGAUUCUGGGAAAUAAUUCAAUCGAUGAAAAAUUAACACCAACGCGUGAAGCAACAUUUAUUGCUGCUAUGUUUGCAUUUGUAUUUAUAUUUAUUGGACUUGUGGGCAAUAUUAUUUUGUUAGCCACUAUACUAUCUGUUAAAAAAUUACGAUCAAAUAUUAUAAAUAUAUUUAUUGUUUCGCUACAAGUUAAUGAUCUAAUGAAUAUUGGCUUUAAUCAGUUUUUUGUUGGUCUAUCGUAUGCGAAUCGUGGCUGGUUAGGUGGAAGAAUACUAUGUGAUCUUGUUGUUUAUUUUUCUGGUGUUUGUAUGGGAUGUCUUCUUUGGCAUCAUUGUCUAAUAGCUAUUCAUCGUUAUAUAGCUGUUGUUUAUCAUAAUCUACUGCGUAAAAUAUCUUUGAAAACUUAUGCUACUGUAUCGUUAAUAAUAACACGAUUAAUUCCCAUUGCUGCUUGUAUUCCAUCAUUUCGUCGCUAUACAAUAUCUUACUCACCACAAAUUUUAAGAUGUCAAUUUAUCGGUCGAUUACAAAUAAUAAUAAAUGUAUUUAUUCUGAUACUAUUACCAGCAAGCAUAAUUAUUUUUUGUUUUUUGGGUAUUUUUAUUUAUGUCGCUCGUGCUACACAUAUUUCACGAAUGAAACAAGUACGUUCAAUGCAAACGUCCAAUACACAAUCGUUAAGACGAGAAAUUCGAAUAACAAAGAUGUUUGGAAGUUAUAAAAAAAAAAAUUUAGCAAUAUCUCAACAAUGGAAAAAUCGUGACUUAAAAGAAAAGACAAUUUAUGUAGCAAAAAGUGUUCAAUUACAAUUAGCUCAAUUAGUGAAUAGUUUAAUUGAAUUUACAAGUGAAUUGGCCUAUUUUGCUAUAAAUGCAUUUCAGACAACUUCAUUACGUCGUAUACAAGUAAAUACAUUAUCACGUUUUUCAAAUUUUUGUGUAUCUCAUACAUGUGCAUUCUACUAUAAUUUGGAUACUGAAUUUGAUACAUUUGUGAAAAAAAUGAAAGAUCUUUGUAAACGUGUAAAAUAUACUUUUCUUGAUAUUCGAAUAACACGUCACCAUUUUCCAUUGGCAUCAAUGCUUAAUCUAUCAGAAACAUAUCGAUCAUUGGAUACAUUAAAAUGUAAUAUCGAUCGAUUAAGAGAUUUAAAAGAUAUACAUAAAGAAAUUGGUCAUGAUUUACUAUUGCCAAAUGAUCAAUUAUUUUUAUCGUUCGAUUUAUUAGUAUUAAAUUAUCAACUGAUUUUGUGCGAGUUAGACAAUAAGGUCAAAUUUAAAGAUUCAUUAAUAAUGCAAACAUUUGUAAAAGAUAUUUUUCUACAAUUUCGUAUCUCUCUUACAUGGAUCUAUCCAGCCGUUAAAUUUGCAGCUUAUCGAUUUGGUGAUCCAUCGUUAGCACUCGCCAUAAAAAAGUGUAAUGUAAAAAAACAAAAAAUUGAUUAUUGUAGUACAGUAAGAAAAAAAGAAAAGCCAAAAGUAUCAGUGAUCAAAAAUCCACAUCAAAUCAUUAAAGAUUCAUCGAUUUUAAUAACUCAAUCACCAAACAAUAUUCUAAAAACAACAACAGCAAAUGCUCUAGUAAUUGAACGAUCAGAAUCCGACAAGUGGAUAAAUGUUGAUGCUCAAAAUCAAAAUUUUAUGAAUAGUGAUUCACUAAGUGAAUAUUCAAGAUCAACAAUGGUCGAUGCGAAAGAAAAGUCAGUGAUCAUGAAUAAAAAUAAUUCAUUAUUAUUAAAUACAAUGUCGUCCAAUUCAAACAUAUUCAAUUUCGGUACAUAUUUGAAUGAAUUAACGCCAAGUAAUAUUUCCAAGUUAGACCAGACGUUAUCUAGUUUUGAUUCGCCUCAAAAUGAUCAGCAUAUGAAACGAUGCUUGCGCUUUGAUAUAAAUGCCAAUUAUUCAAAAGAUAAUAGAAAAACGUCGAAUGUUGAUGAUGAAUACAACAAUAUUCCGCUAGUAUCACCAACAACAGUAACGGACAUUUAUAAAGAAAAUAUUCAAAGGAUUAUAUUUCCAUCAGUCAAUGAUAAACAACUUAUCAACAGUAGUCAAUCAUCGCAUGAUAUUUAUUCACAUUGUAUUGAAAAGGAUAUCGUUUGUUUAUCAACAAAACUACUUAAUACUAAUAAUAUUAUUACAAAAACUCUUGAUCGUCCAAUAGAGCAAAACAAGAAAGAUGAUGACAAAUGUUUUCAAUCAAAACUGGAAUAUAUGAAAGACAUUCAUGCAACUCUAUCGUUCAAAAAUGAAUUAUUAUCAUCAACAAUAUCCUAUCUACGAGAAACCAAAAAUAAUAAAUGCGAAAAAGUGUCUACAUCGGUAGAGGUCAAGUAUGAAGAACUCAAAAGCCCGAAUGAUUAUGCGAUAUCAACAGUGCCCAACAGCAUUACAGUGAAUAAAAGUUCACUGUUAAAUGCUGGCAUUGGAACAUUUGCUGCUAUUGACAUUGAAAAAGGAACGUAUUUUGGGCCUUAUACUGGUUACAAACAUUGUGAUAUGAGCACGGCUGAGCGGAGCGGUUUUUCAUGGAUGGUAACAGCUGAUAAUGGACAAAUGUGUUAUUUCAUAGAUGCAUUUGAUCCAAAAUGCAGUAAUUGGUUACGAUGGACAAAUUGUCCAAAUUAUAUUUGGCAACAAAACCUUAUUGCUGCUACGUCCGAGAUGAACUAA